UAUUUGAAGAGCAAGUUGGAAGUUGGAACUCAAUUUUUGAAGUUUGAGCUCGAGCUGAAUCGGGCUCCUAAUUCUUAAUAAACAACUUGAACAUGACUCGAAUCGUUUACAGCCCUACUCCCUGCCAUCUUCUUCCAUUCCAACGAAUGAAAUUAUCAGAUUUCUUCAACUGAACCCUUUUACAGCUCUGAUCACGUGCCUGUGAAAUCCAGGAUAUCUGUUCCAACCGCGAAUUGAAUUUCUAGGGUUUCCAUCAAAUUUAGGUUUCAGUGUUGUUUAUCUUCUUCUUUUUCUUCGAUGGUUCUGUCUCAGAAGCUUCACGAAGCGUUCAAAGGGACGGUCGAGAGGAUCACGAAUCCUCGAACUGUCUCUGCCUUCAAAGAGAAAGGCGUUCUCAGCAUCACCGAGUUUGUUCUCGCUGGCGACAAUCUCGUCUCCAAAUGCCCUACCUGGUCCUGGGAAUCCGGUGAGCCAAGCAAGAGGAAGUCGUAUUUACCUGCUGAAAAACAAUUUUUGAUCACUAGAAACGUUCCUUGUCUACGCAGAGCUGCGUCAGUGGAAGAAGAAUAUGAAGCUGCUGGAUGCGAAGUCCUUCUUGAUAAUGAGGAUAAUGAUGGUUGGUUGGCAACUCAUGGUAAACCAAAAGAAAACAAAUGUGAUGAGGAAGAAAACUUGCCUUCCAUGGAAACUUUAGAGAUCAGCAAGAAAAAUACCAUUCAGUCGAUCUCUUCAUACUUUGGUGGUGAGGAGGAGGAAGAUAUACCAGACAUGGCUGAAUACGAGGAACCUGACAACCUUAUUGAAACAGAUCCUGCAACACUUCAAUCUACAUAUCUUGUGGCUCAUGAACCUGAUGAUGACAAUAUUCUACGAACCAGAACAUAUGAUGUCAGCAUAACGUAUGACAAGUAUUAUCAAACUCCACGUGUAUGGCUAACUGGAUAUGAUGAGUCAAGGAUGCUUUUACAACCAGAGCUUGUACUUGAAGAUGUUAGCCAAGACCAUGCACGUAAAACGGUAACUAUUGAAGACCAUCCACACUUGCCUGGGAAACAUGCGUCUGUGCAUCCAUGCCGACAUGGUGCUGUGAUGAAGAAAAUUAUUGAUGUUCUAAUGUCCCGUGGAGUUGAGCCGGAAGUUGACAAGUACCUUUUCUUGUUCUUGAAAUUUGUGGCCUCUGUGAUUCCAACUAUUGAAUAUGAUUACACGAUGGACUUUGAUCUUGGCAGCUCCAGCACAUAAAUAAAGGUAAGAGACAGACAGAAGAUGCAAAUUUGAUGUAAACAUAAAGAAGUUGGUUGAUGCUGGUGUACUCUUGACUCUACCACCAUCAUCAUCAUCUAAAAAAUGGCAAGUUGUUUAGACCUCACUUUUGAUUAUUUUCUCAAUGGUUCAAGUGUUGGCAUAUAUGACUGUAAAUAAUACAAUUCACUUCAAAAUCUAAAGCGUGUCGCUAUUUGUUAGCUGGCUCUAACUAUUGGUUUGUAUGGAUUGUUUGCUGGAUAAAUUUGUGUAGAUUUGUGGGUAGCGAAGAAUCCCUUGGGUCCUAGUUUUAGGACAUGAUCUUGAGCUAAAGAGAUUUAUCAUGUGAUUGAGAAAGAAUUUGUGUAGUUUUUGUAUAUGAAUUAACUUAAAGUCUUUUACUUUGAAACAUAAUGAUUAUUGAGAUAA